GAAAAGUAGGUAAAAACGGCAGCCCAGGUGAACCAGGAAUGAAUGGAGCAGAUGGUGUACCAGGACCUCCAGGAAAUGCCGGGGACCCUGGGGAACCGGGACUAAGUGGACCCCCAGGUGUUCCAGGCGUCCCUGGUCUUUCUGGUAUUAAAGGAGAUCGUGGAGCACAAGGAACUCAGGGAGACCCAGGUGAACAGGGUAGCCCUGGAGCAACGGGACCUGGUGGUGAGAAUGGCAGGCCUGGUGCUGAUGGAGCACCUGGUGCCCAAGGCCCCAGAGGACGACCAGGGGAGCCAGGGGAAACAGGAAGUCAAGGACCAACUGGACCCGCAGGUACACCAGGCUUAGAGGGAUCUGCUGGUAUUCCAGGAGAGACUGGAAAUGGGGGUAGUAGUGGAGCCCCCGGUGCUAAAGGUGACCAAGGUGCCCCAGGACAUGCUGGUCCAACUGGCCGACCAGGUGCGCAAGGAGAAAAUGGGGUGCAAGGACCUAAGGGAGAUAGUGGAGCAGCAGGACUGCCUGGGGCAGAGGGAAGACCAGGCUACAAGGGUGAUAUGGGAGCGGCAGGACCCAUGGGACUGGUUGGUGAAAGCGGACAAGAAGGAGCACCAGGAACCCCUGGGUCAGCUGGACCACCUGGAAGAAGGGGAGACUCGGGAGCACCUGGUCCCCCUGGACCAAGAGGUUCACCAGGAGCUAAGGGUUCCGCAGGAACUAAGGGAAAUGUUGGUGCCAUGGGUGUUAGAGGCCGUUCAGGCAGGAAGGGUAGACAAGGAAGGCCAGGAAAGCGAGGAAGUAUGGGUGAAGCAGGAGCACAGGGCAACCAAGGAGAAGCUGGUUACCGGGGAGCAGAAGGAAGAGCAGGUGAAAGGGGUGCCCAAGGUUCUCCAGGUGCUGAUGGUUUGCCAGGAGCCAAAGGUGACCAGGGAAAUGUAGGUGAUUUUGGUGAAGAAGGAAGGGCAGGCGUGAGGGGAUCUCAAGGUCCAGCUGGCAAACCUGGAAGACCUGGUAAUACUGGAGCACCGGGUCGACCUGGAGAUGAUGGCCGACCAGGCUCAGCAGGUUUUCCCGGCCCUUCCGGUGCACAAGGUGCCCCAGGAUUCAGUGGAGCCAAAGGAUCCAUGGGCAAUUCAGGUCGAGAUGGUGCUCCUGGUAGCCCUGGCUCUAGAGGAAUGAAGGGUAACAGAGGUGCAAGAGGUCAACAAGGAAAGCCGGGAAACCCUGGAAGAGAGGGUCGUCGUGGAGAAAGAGGAGAAUCGGGUCUGGAAGGACCUCUGGGAGGACAGGGCCCCACAGGAAAAACAGGACCAACUGGUGUGCCUGGUAACACUGGAAAUCCGGGUGUGCGAGGUGAGAGAGGAAAAGAUGGAAGGACAGGAGAAGCGGGUAACCGUGGAGAAGCUGGAGAGCCAGGCCCUGUUGGCGUACCGGGCCCAGUUGGAAUGGCUGGAGACGAUGGAUUGAGUGGGGAUGAUGGCAUACCGGGAGACAAAGGACCGGAUGGGAAGCGAGGAGCGACAGGCGCUGCUGGAUCACCGGGUUUCCCAGGACUUCCUGGUAGAACUGGUACCUCCGGAAAGAAAGGAGAACCUGGAUCUACUGGACCUAGAGGUUCCCCUGGUUCUGACGGAAACGAUGGUGCUCCGGGUUUGGAUGGGGUUCCUGGAAGUGUUGGCCCGCCUGGGUUGCCUGGACCGAAGGGACAAGAUGGUUCUCCUGGAAUUCCUGGACUUAGAGGAAAACGCGGAGAUCAGGGUUUACGAGGCCCAGUUGGCUCGCCAGGCACUCCUGGACAAGCUGGAAUGUCGGGGGAUUCCGGUCCCGAGGGAAACAAAGGAGACACGGGCGGACCCGGUUACCAGGGAAACCGAGGUUCCGCUGGAUCAACUGGUCAACCUGGAUCUCAGGGGCCCCCUGGACCAGUUGGACCCUCAGGAAUGUCGGGAAAACCAGGACUUUCCGGUGUUAAGGGUGCGGUUGGACCUCUCGGAAGAAGCGGUUCGCCUGGGCUACCUGGACAACCGGGGUUGCCUGGUCGAGAUGGAGCUCCCGGAGCCUCUGGUGGAGACGGGCGUGUAGGAAAUAUUGGACCAACAGGACCCGUCGGACCUAAGGGCGGAGUUGGGCGUGAGGGUCCUCCAGGCCCACCCGGUCGCACCGGGGCUGAGGGUGAAAUGGGUGAAGGGGGUGCUCCAGGUGUUCCAGGAUUUGCCGGAAAUUCUGGAGAAAGCGGUACACUGGGUUACCCUGGUCCUCACGGAAGACCUGGCCAAGACGGAGCCAAAGGCCUACCAGGUGAAAAUGGGUUUGACGGAACUCCGGGAACUCCUGGGGAAAAUGGAGGAGAGGGCGACCAGGGUGAGAGAGGGCCACCAGGCCCCAACGGAGUCGCUGGAACUAGUGGACCGCCCGGACCAACUGGUGAAAAAGGAGAAGAGGGCCCGGAAGGGGAACCAGGCGACAAAGGUGUGAACGGAGAUUUUGGUAAAGUUGGGGAACGAGGCCCAGAUGGUGGGGAAGGUGAACCGGGAGACCCAGGAGACCCAGGAAUAUCAGGAGAAGGGGGAGAUCCUGGAUAUACUGGAAAGCCUGGAAAUAUGGGACGCAUGGGCCAGGAAGGUCCAGCGGGAGCACAAGGACCCCCUGGUGAAGAUGGACCUAUAGGAAUGGAGGUUUGGAUUUUUCUUUUGUUUGUUCUACGCCCGUUUUGCUUUUGGUGAUGGAAGGGGGGUACCUUCCAUGGACAAG